AUGUGUGAUCACAAUCGGUCUGCCAUAAAGACGGUCUUCACUGGCUCGUUAAUUGCUGGUGGCACUGUUGGCGCCACUGCUGCCGUUCUGACCAACGCACCCGUAAAGCAAUAUGCCCUAAGCACUUCGCUCAACUGUGGCAUGUUUAGUGCUACCUUUCUAAUUAUCCGCAAAACCUUUGUCGACUACAACCACAGCAAAUAUGGGGAGCAUUUGCCAUCCCUUUCCAAAGCAUCACAGAGGAGCGAUUUAAUAAAUAGUACCUUGGCUGGUGCGACUACAGGUGGCCUCUUAUCAGCGGUUUAUCGCGGCCCAAAGGGUGUUAUUCCAGGAGCUAUCAUUUUUGGAACUAUUUGUGGAGUGUUUCAAAGCAUGUAUUCAGCUGGUAACCAAUGGCGUCAAAAUGCGAUCAUCAAGGCCAACAGUGACCGGUUGAAUCCUUCACCAUCCACGUCAAAAAAUGUAUUUGAAGAAUUCUCUCUACCAAGCUGGGUGCCGAUACGGACAAUAUCUGACGAAGAGUACAGUGAGUUAUUAGAUACCAGAUUAAAGACUUUAGACGAUGAAAUGCGUGAUAUUGAGCACAAGCUAAAACAAAAAAAGCAAGACAACUGA